UGGAGAGAGUCAGGUGCCCGUCGCUCACAAAAGACAGAUCGGAGCUCUGAGCAGAGACACAAACCUCUUGGGCUGAUCCUGGUAAUCUGUCUGAAGAGCUGGGGGUCCUGAGACCAGCAUCAUGUCAGAUAAAAGUGAGCUGAAAGCCGAGCUUGAGCGAAAGAAACAGCGCUUGGCUCAGAUAAGAGAGGAGAAGAAGAGAAAGGAGGAGGAACGCAAGAAAAAAGAGGCUGAACUGAAGAAGGAGGCCGUCCCGCUGCAGGAUGAUUCGGAUCUGGAGAAAAAGCGCAGGGAGGCCGAGGCUCUGCUGCAGAGUAUGGGCAUCACACCGGACGGACCUGUGGUUCCUACACCUAUGUCUCCCACGGCUAAAUCUACAGGCACUCCGAGUGAAGCAGGGAGCCAAGACUCAGGAGACGGUGCCACCGGCCCAAGGACUCUGCACUGGGACUGUGACCCCUCUACUCUUCUGCUUCACUCUGAGCUGGGACGUGGUCCUCUGAAGUUGGCCAUGGUGAAGGUGACCCAUGUGGAUUUCCCUCCCAAAGAGGUGGUGUCCUACACCAAGGAGACACAGACGCCCACCAUGACAGAACAGAAAGAGGAGGAAGAUGAGGAGGAAGAGGCCGCGCCCCCGCAGCCUGAGGUCGAGGCAGAGAAAGAAAAACCUGCAGAAAAACAAGAUGAGGAAGCGCUCCCUCACGAGCUGACAGAAGAGGAGAAGCUGCAGAUUCUGCACUCGGAGGAUUUCAUGGAGUUUUUCGAUCACAGCACACGCAUUAUGGAGCGCGCUCUGUCUGAACACGUGGAUGUCUUCUUCGACUACAGCGGCCGUGACAUGGAGGAGAAGGAGGGUGAGAUGCAGGCUGGGGCCAAACUGUCUCUAAACAGGAAAUUUGUUGAUGAUCGCUGGUCCAAGCAGCGAGUGGUGACCUGCCUGGAUUGGUCCCCACAGUAUCCAGAGUUGCUGGUCGCCUCUUAUAACAACAACGAGGAAGCACCGCAUGAGCCUGAUGGAGUGGCUUUGGUCUGGAACAUGAAAUACAAGAAGACCACACCGGAGUAUGUCUUCCACUGUCAGUCCGCCGUCAUGUCUGCAGCGUUUGCAAAGUUUCAUCCUAACCUGGUUGUGGGUGGCACUUACUCAGGACAGAUCGUCCUGUGGGACAACAGAAGUAACAGACGCACUCCUGUCCAGAGGACUCCUCUGUCUGCUGCAGCCCACACGCACCCAGUGUACUGUGUCAAUGUGGUUGGCACACAAAACGCUCAUAACCUCAUCAGCAUCUCCACCGAUGGAAAGAUGUGCUCGUGGAGUCUGGACAUGCUUUCUCAACCACAGGACAGUAUGGAGCUGGUGUUCAAGCAGUCUAAAUCAGUUGCGGUCACCUCCAUGUCUUUCCCUCUGGGAGACGUUAAUAACUUUGUGGUGGGAAGUGAGGAUGGAUCAGUCUACACAGCCUGUCGUCAUGGCAGUCGGGCAGGUAUCAGUGAGAUGUUUGAGGGGCAUCAUGGUCCAAUCACAGGCAUUCACUGUCACACAGCAGCAGGACCCGUAGAUUUCUCUCAUCUCUUCCUGACCGCCUCGUUUGAUUGGACCGUUAAACUCUGGAGCACCAAGAAUAACAAGCCGCUGUACUCGUUUGAGGACAACUCUGAUUAUGUUUAUGAUGUCAUGUGGUCUCCGGUUCAUCCCGCUCUCUUCGCCUGUGUGGACGGACUCGGACGCAUCGACCUGUGGAACCUCAACAACGACACAGAGGUGCCCACUGCCAGCAUGUCGGUGGACGGCAGUCCGGCUCUGAACAGACUGCGCUGGUCUCAGUCGGGCAGAGAGAUCGCUGUGGGUGACUCGGAGGGACAGAUCCACAUUUACGACAUCGGCGAGCAAAUCGCAGUCCCGCGAAGCGAUGAAUGGACCCGCUUCGUGCGGACGCUGGCGGAGAUCCACGAGAACCGCGACGAUGCCGAGGAACUGGCCGCUCAACGCCUCGCCGCUUGACCGUCAUCAAACCAGCAGAUCUCAUGAAAGCUCUUAUCACGUCUGUCUGAAACGAUUUCCGUGCGCAAACCUUUGAUUCUGCCUUUUUGGAGUAAAAAUAUGAACCGUUGAACGUAGGUGUGAGGCCCACGACCAGAAGCCUUAACAUUUGCAUGCAAAAAAACAAAACAAAACCAUAAUGAAUGUUUCUGUUUCUAUCCAGGUAUCUGAGCGUGCGAAACUCUCAGCUUAUUAUGCAUAGCCAAAUACGAAAGUACAUCGGAUCCCCAAAAUAAAAAAAAAAGCAAAGCAGUCAUUUUUGCUUGAAGGAAGUGAAGCUCUUUUUUUAUACAGUUUUUAUGACAGUUGAGCACAUUUUGAAUUAAAAACAAAAACUUUAAAGGAAUAAAUUUGCUUCCUCGAUUUUUGUAUUACAGGUUUUUAGUGUAAUACUGUAAAAUAGAAUUGGUCUGAGGGAAUGUGCUAGAUGUCAUAAAUGGUAGAAGACAGGCUUCAUUUGUUUCUUUUUUCUUUCGAUUUUGGGGUGAAAUAUGUUUUUGAGAGGUUUGUCAGAAUUGCCAUCAGUACUAUUCUCAAUACCAGUGAACUGUGGCGAGCAGAGAUCUACCUCUUUCAGAUCUUGUCAGCUGGUCUGUGUUGAGUCUAGCUGUGGACCAAAUGCUGGAAUAAUUUGGCUUUUUUCCUGUUAAUGAUCAAUCUUGUUCCUCUUCACCUCAGCAGAGGCACAAUCAAGAAUAUUUGUGACGCUUAUCAGCAUAGCUGGUUCAUUUUUAGACUGUUUAAAGUGUCUCUUUCAGAGGCCAAGGUCUUCCUCUUCCAGUGUUCCUCUUCCGCCUCUUUGAAACCGUAACAUUACUUUUUGCAGAACCUCUUUGAAUGUCUUUAUAUUUCCGAAUGCGUUUUCUAAGCCAAAUCUCUUGUGAUUUACCUCCAAUCCGUUUCCAGUCAUCCUGUAGUCUUUCCCGUAGUAUUUCGCAAGGAGAAAGUAGGUUUGCAAAGAUUUCGAAACGUGGCUUCCAGCUGUUUCCAACAGUAUUCCUCAUCUUUAAUGGAAUGUCCAACAAAUACUGCAUUUGAAAUGUAACGAUUGUAAUUUAUUUCAAUAAAUGACAAUAAUCAAAUGCAUUUAAACCAAAUGUCACGAGGCUGUUUGUGUCUGUGUGUUUCAUAUUAAAACAUUCGUGUUUAUUUUUUAGCUCACGUUCCCAUAAUCGGGCACAAUCUUUAAAAAUGCUUUUUCGUAAUGCUCUGGCCAUUGAUUGAAAAUUCCAUAUAUUGUACUUUACAAUAUUGCAUUAUAUAAUUAUUCAAUGUGUUGUUAUUAAAGGCUGUAAUACUACGUGCAAGAUGUAAAAAUAUUAAUGACUUAAGGACACAGAAGCCAUACAAUAAUGUCAUGUUUGUGAAAGCAACAGAGCAAUAAACCUCUGAAAAUAAACUGUUAAAAA